UGUACAGUAAUAGUAAACGGAGGAAUUAUAUCUCCUCUCUCUCUCUCUCUAAAAUAGAAAGAGUUCAGUUUCCUUCUGUACUUAGCGAUCUUCCCCUCCCCUCUAUCUUUCUCUAUAACCCUAGGAGGAUGAUUUGGCUUUGGGACGAUGUUUGAUCCUCUCCUCCUGUUCUAGCCUAGAGUGAGACACGGAGAUAUCACGUUGUCUUCCAUUGGAAGCUGCUCGUCUUUCCUUCUCUGGUUUCGGACAUGGGACUCAAGUAUUCUCUAAUAGAUCUCAGCUUAACUUGGUGAUAGCAAAGGAUGCAACAUCUGUUCUGAGGGGUGACAGUUUUUUCAAAUUUCACGAGGACAGGAUGCUGAUGGGAGGUGAUUUUGAUUUGAAUUCGGUGCAACAAUAUACUGAUUCUCCUGAGGGUGUUCUAAAGAAGACAAUGCUUCAUCAUGAAACUAUAUUCAAGAACCAGGUUUAUGAACUGCAUCGCCUAUACAAGAAACAGAAGACGUUGAUGAAGGACCUCAACCGGAAAGAAUUAGAUAAAUAUACUUCAUGGACAGAAGACACAAAAUCAAUUGCAUUACAAUUUCAAGAUCCGCAAAAAAAUAAAACAAUGGUGGGGUCAACAUCAUCUACCAGCUGGAAUGCGCUGGAGGACUGCCAAGGUGCUUACUCUAAGCUUCAGCAGAAGCCUCUUGACCUUCAACUUUCAGUUGGAGAGUAUAUUAGUAAUGCAGGAACUGAAUUUCCUACGAAAGGAAAUUUAAGGCCAACUGUCAAAGAAUCCGGUGGAACAAAGGAGUUGCUUUGUCCUAACCAUAUUCCAGAUCCAGAGGAAGUGAAACUCUCUCUCAGUACUGGAGGGGGCACAAGUGAGAAGGGAUUUUCUAGCAGAUCUUGUUACAAUAAGGAGUCUUGUCUGUCUACCCUAUGUGUGAUUGAUUCUGAGGAAUCCAUUGAAAGGAAAUCAAUUGAGGAGUUGAAACCCAUUUCUUCCAUCACUUCUGAAUCUCCCACAGCAUUUGUUGUAGACAAACAUGAGGUACUAGCUCCUUUCCUAUCCAAUCUGAGCUUUUCAGGUAGAUUGAAAAAGGAUAUAGGUCACCAGCCUUUCAUGAAUAAUCAUACCCUUGCAAACCUGAGUGGAAGGAAUCAAGAAAAUAAAUCAUGCUGUUCAGAUACUGGAUUAAAUGAAUGCCAAUCUAAUGGCCGACUUAUCAGUCUGUUCACAUCAAAACAAAUAUCCUCUUCAUGUGACAAAACACACAUUGACCUUAAUAGAGUUCGGCUUGAUGAAUCUUCUUGUUUCUCAAAUGUUCCUUUGCUUAGCUUUCCAUUUUUGACAGAAAAUUCACCAGUUAUCAUCAGUGGACUUGUUAAUGAAUCCAAUAAUGGGACUUGGAGGUUCAUGACUUCUCGGAUAAAUACAGAUGACAACUUCUCUGAUGAAACUUCUAUUGUGCAUCAACAAGAUAAUUCUGCAUAUUUUGCUCUGACGGAUUCCAAGGGAAAAUUUAGUGCCUCACAAGCUUGCAAUGUGAACACAGCAUGUAGAGAAAAAAGUGGAUAUAAAGGAGGGGUUACAGAUCUUGAGCACGAGCCUGGGGAUCUGCCGGGCCACUGGGAAGACUUAUGCAACCAAGAUGUGAAGCUUAGUAAAGAAGAUGUAGACUUCUCACAACGAAAUGACCGUUUAUACAAGGAUUACCGGGCACGUGCUUUGGAUGUAACUCCCAUCUCUAAAGUAGCAAGUAACCAGCUACACAAAUUUUUAAGGUGUACAGAUUCACCCCAAGCAGUAGAUGAUGCAGAAGUUGGGCAAAUAGACUUUGAGAGUAGUGAAGAAGAUGUGCUGUCCUCAGGUCCAUUCAAAAAUCAUGCUGACGUUCAAGCUGAGCAUUGCAAAUCAUCUGAUGCUACUGGCAAGACCAAUUGUUGGACUGCCAAUAAUUCUUGCUAUAUAAAGGAUCUACAGUCUGGGGCUGUGGGUAAAGGAGAGCUGGAAAAUUCAAAAUCUGCUGCCUUUGAGGAAACUGGAGCUACUCAGUUAGGAUCUCAGAUCGCAGAAACCCAUUCUUCUGAAGGUAUAGGGGAAUUGGAAAUUUCAGGAUCUUCCAACUCUCAGGAAUCUGGAGCUACUCUGUUAGGAUCUGGGGUCACAGAAGCCCGCUCUUCUGAACAGGACACCAUUGUGGAAAAUGGGUUUUAUAUUUGUGGUUGUACAGAGGAAAGGCCUUCCGAUGGUACCAAAAAAAUACCUCAGUGUCACGGGCAGCAUCAAAAUGUUGUAAAGGAAAUGGAUAUUAUGAUCCAGAAAGCAGCCGAGUCCCUUAUUCAUAUUUCUUUGGAUAAUCCGUUUUCUCCUCGAGACUGCUUCGGUGAGGCAGGAUCAAAUGCAUUGGGGGAGGAGAUGAGUGAGCAGCCCGAGUAUUCUUCUGAUUCUUUCGAGUCAAUCACAUUAAGGCUAACAGAGAGCAGUGUGGAUGACUACUCUGUAAAAUCAAUGCCGGUUGAAGUAAAUAUAAAUGAGACACACAAAGGUUGUGGAUGGAAGCUGAAAAGGGGAAGCAGGCUUAAAGAUUUCAGGAAAGACAUACUGCCUGGUCUUGUAUCACUUUCCAGGCAUGAAAUUUGUGAAGAUAUAAACAUUAUGGAGGCGAUCUUGAGAUCAAAGGAGUAUAGGAAGGAUAGAUCCAGAAACAUUGGUGGUGAGAACUGGAGUGUGCCUGUGAAAGGAAGGCGGUCAAAACUCAAUUUCAUUGGUAGAAGAAUGUAUUACUGAAAGUCAGGUGUAGGUCUCUGAAUUGGAUAGAAAUUGAGCAUUGAUGGUUAAUGAAUUGAUGCAUUUACACCUUA